AUGGGAUGUGUAUGUGAAAAAUCAAAAAGAGUACAACCUGAACCUACUUAAAUUGAAGUCCAUCCCUGUGAAACAGCUCAACCUUAAUCUUAACCUUAGAAAUAAACUUCUUUAAAGAAGUUGAAAAUACCUUAAGUAGUUUAUUCAUAUGAUAUUUAUAGAAGAAGAAGAAAGUGAGGGAAACCUAAAAAUUAGUCAAAACAACUAAUGAAGAUGUAAAAUGAUUAUUAAAUCUAAGGGAGUUAAAAUGAUUAAUGACUAUAUUUUUGAUGAAUUCCUUGGAGAAGGAGCAUUUGGUAAAGUCAAAUUGGCAUUCAAAAGAUCAAGUGGUUAAAAAUAUGCUAUUAAAAUAAUGAGAAAAAGUAAACUAAAACGAUAGAGAGAGUAUAUUAAGGAUGCUAAGGGAAGUAGGACUUACUAUAUAUAAUUAGAUAUGGUAAUUAAAGAUGCACUUUAAGAUGUAAGAAGAGAAAUUGCUAUAAUGAAGAAGUUAAGACAUAAGAAUUUAAUUCAAUUAUUUGAAGUCAUUGAUAAUCCAAACAAUGAUAAAUUAUUUAUGGGUAUUUAUUAUCUCAUUAUAAGUAUUGGAAUAUGCUGAUGGUGGAUAAGUAAUUGAAUGGGAUGAUGAUGAAUGCAAGUUUUAUUAGGUUAAUGAAUCUGUAAUACUUGAUGAACCAUUACUUAAUUAAAUAUUUCGUGAUUGUAUUAAGGGUCUCAAUUAUUGUAACAGUCCUUUAAUUAUAUUUUAAAGUGCAUAAAAAUGGUGUUGUUCAUAGAGAUUUAAAACCAUAAAAUGUUCUCUUGUCUCAAAAUAAAACUGCUAAAAUUGCUGAUUUUGGUGUUUCUACAAUGGUAGGAAGUAAAAAUGAUGUAUUGGACAAUACAUAAGGAACUUAUUAUUUUAUGCCUCCUGAAGCAUGUGAUAAAGAUAGAGUUAAAGAUGGUUAUUCUGGUAAAUCUGCUGAUAUUUGGGCUUUGGGAAUUACAUUUUUUGCUUUUGUUUAUUUAGAUGUUCCAUUUACAGGUUCAUCUAUUCCUGAUAUACUUCAUAAUAUUGCUAAUAAUGAGUAUAAAUAUUAAUAAAAUUAUUAGAAUUACAUUUCCUGAAAGAAAUGAUAUUAGUGAUGGUUUAAAAGAAUUUCUGUAAUUUAUUUUAUAAAAAGAUCCUAAGAAUAGACCAAAGAUACCUGAAAUAGCUAAACAUCCAUGGUUAAAUGCAUAGAAUAUGAAUUUAUGGGAUGAAAUGUAAUGAUUGUUAAAAUAAAUAGAAAUAAAGAAGAGUAAACAGAUAUGGAAAUUGCAUAAACAGAUAUUGAUAAUGCUUAUUCAUUGAGUUCGAUAAUGAUGAUAAAAAAUUGGGCAUUUAAAUGGAGAACUACAUCCAAUCUUAAAAAAAUUACAAAUAUUCAAUAAUCAUAAUAAAUAAAUUCAGAAUAAAUAAUUAAAUGA